CCGAACCACAAGAUGGAUCGACCGAAGAUGAUCAAGGAACUGAGGGAGCUUGUCAUGCAUGCGAGUGCAGAGAUCAUCACUUCUGACAUGUCCUUGUCGCCUUUUGAUGCCGAUGAACUUACCAGAAUUCUGGAGCUGAUAAACCAUCUUCAAGCGAACACUCUGGACAACGAUAACAAUGAUUUCCCACAUUCCACUUGUGUUAUCGCGAGGUUCAUGCAUUAUUUCUAUAUAGCCAAGUUCUUUAAUUUCUGCGGUCUGCCUUGCGCUCGUCUCGAAGCCGACAAAUCAGUGUAUAAGGAGAAUACUACCUUUCACCCACUGACCAGCAGCAUUUCCCUGGCUCUCGAGGCCAUGCUUUUUUGGGCCCCACGAGCGCACUUGGAAGAUCUUCGAAAAGUGUGGGUGGAUGAAUGUAUCAACACUCCACAUUGGAAAGACUUCAACAAAAAUCUCAUGGCAGAAUGGACUGGGAUCACAAUCUACUCUACCGUCAUGUUAGCCGUAGAUGUAAGUUUCCUUGCAGUCCCGAAUGUGAACAUCAUCCAGUCACAGUCGAUCGGUAUCAUUGCCACCUAUCUCUCGAUUAUUUUCAUCACCGGCUCCUUGAUCGUCUCAGUUCUGCUAGUGCGUCAAAACCAAAGACAUGGUUUUGAAUCAGCAGAAAAAGCAGCAGAUUUCAUGUCCAAUAUGACGGGGACGUUUUUUGGGGUGAGGGCCCUUGCUACGGUACACAGUCUUCCCUACGCAAUGCUUAUGUGGGGGAUGAUCUACUUCGCAAUCGCCAUUCUGUACAAUGUAUUCAAGUCUACGAUGGUGGCCAUGCUGGCAUCGGUUGUCAGCGGGUGCGUGGUCGUUAUCAUGUUCAUUUUGUGGUUCCUCUGGGCAGCAAGAGAGUUUCAUAUUUUCGGGCAACUCAUGAGGUCCGUUUUUCCUUCCGUACUCGCAGCAGAUACCCUACCUUAGCGCAUUCCGAUUUUAUACGCAAUAUUGGCAGGAGCUUUAUUUAUGAUCAACUGGGUUUUUACGUUGAAUGCCAAUUUGAGGAAGGAAACUGCAGUGACCACGUUGGAGAGAGCAGACGUCCGCGUCGGUCGUGAAUGGGCAGUUGCUCAAAGACACUUUGGCCCAGGGGUAGUGCGUGUUUGUAGUGGGCAGUGUACCAGUGUUGGACUUGCCAGUGCCUGUGAUGCGCGU